CUGGGCGCCUUACGCAGUCCCUUUGUUUCAGUGACUCCCAAUCACUGUGGCUCUUCGCUGCUGUGCUGAAUCUAGGCCUGGCACGGAUCAAACGCAGCGGAAGGACUGAUGCGCAGGGACGCGCAAUUUCUCGCUGGGAUUAUGAAACAAUCUUCAGAAAAAAAGUUGCUGGUGUGCUUGCUCUUCUGCUGGGUCCAUCCGCAAAUGACAGGAUCAUACCAUCCAUCACAGGGCGCAUCGCCUUGGCCCUAGCAAGGGCUCUUCUUUUUUCGGCAGCCCAUUCCUUCCCUGUCCUGUCUGUCCCUGGUCUAGCUCUGACAUCAAUGGCGGAGAGUCCUCUUUGCCGGUAAAUGUGCCGGCGUUGGGCAUUCUUUCGCGCGUAUAAAAGCAGAGGCACAUUUGUCUGAAUGCAUCGAACCACUCGAACACCAUGCGCGCCAACCUCUUCUGCCUCCUCUCUGCUCUCGUCGCCUGCGCUGCGGGCAUGGCCGCCCCCAAUGCGGCUGUGGUGACGACUGCUGUGGGAAUCCACCCGGGCAACAACUACGGCGCGCCGAUCCCGCCCUGGGAGACCGGCUGCCAGCCCGGGUGGUACUACGGACAGCCAAGCAACGCGCCCGCCGAGCUCGCGUCGCUGGUGCACUCUGUUGGCAGUCUCUUCGGCACUCUGCUGUGCGAUCUCCUGCGCCUGCUGCUGGGAUGCGCGUUCUGCCCGUCCGGGCCGCCCCCGCCGACGAUGCUUCCGGGCAGCGGCGCCCCGUAUAGCAAACCGCCGCCCCCGCCGCCUGCUCCCUACGGCUACAGCUAUGGGUUCCAGAAUCUCACGUGCGCGAUCCAGAUCUUCGUGCCGGCCAAUGCGUACGAGACGUUCGGUCUGGUCGAUUCUCCGCAGGCCUGUGCCGACAUGUGCACUGCGAACCAAGACUGCUGGAGUGCGAACUAUUACCACGACAACAACAGCAUCAAAAGCUCGCCGCUGCUCACGUGCUCGCUGUUCCGUGUCGUUGCGACUCAAAAGGACGCCAUCAACUGUGGCCAGCAGCAGCAGCUCGGCCCUCAGGGCCCUCAGAACUCGAUCACCUCCAGCUAUCUGCUUAUCAAGUCCGGCCAUUAGGCCCAUCCGCUCUCUUUCUUGAAUAUGUUUAUUUACACCUGUCCUCCCCAUUAAUGUUCCGCUUUAAAAUCCACGGCGAUUGCCUGUUUGACUUUGUGAA